CUGGUUUUCUGACCACUGCCAGACGCGUUCCCAUGACGGCUUCCGCGACGUCGCCGGCGCACGGCGGCAGCGAGCGGGCCGAGACAGACUCGACUGCGUACACACAACUGCCCAGCACGACACAGCCAUCGCGGGCGCCCGAUCGCGCAACGACCAACGGCUGGACACCGAGCCAGAGCCUGUCCGCGGCCACGCCCGCCAUGCGACUGGCCAGCGAGCGCGAAAGCGCGACGACAACAACAACAACUGCCAAGUGGGACCCGCAAGACCUGUUUGCCAAAGACGAAGACUCUACGCCCACGCAAGCGACCAAGAACGGGGUUGUUGCAGUCGCCCAGGUGCAACUGCAAGGCGGGCUGCGGCGAGCGUCGUCGUUGUACGAGUCGUCUUCGGCAGAGCGUGGCGGAUGGCCCGUGCUCUCGUCAGCGACGCUCCACCGUCCGACAAACGAACGCCCGACCACCGACGGGCUUGAACUUGCACCGGGCGCGCCGCCGACCGCGUCGGACAAGGCAGCAACAAGCGCCGAAUCCUCAACUCUCGGCAGCGACACCGCGCUUGGCGCAACUCAGACAGCGAAUUCUUCCGUUGUCGGCGAAACGCCCUCGAUGGACGGUACCGCGACUUCAAACCGAGCGACGGACGCCGCGACGACGCCUGCGCCGUCAUCCGCUGCGUGGGGUGCGUCAUCGUCGGUGCCGAGCACCAAGUCAUCACAGAGCUACUCGCCCGUCACUACUCCCGGCGCCUGGGGCGCACCAGAAGUCACUCGCGGUCCGGCGACGGGCAACAGCGGCUGGGGUGGUUCGUCGACGAACGAGCUGAGAAAGGCGUCGGGCUGGAACACUCCCUCUGCAAGCAGCACGACAUCGUCGUCUGGCUCGACACAAGCUCACGCACCGACACGGACGCCGGCCGCCGCGACGGUAGCAUCGAGCGGUGGCUGGAAUGCGCCACCAUCCAGCACCACUGCCGCGUCCAGCUGGACGGCGCGGCCGAGUAGUGCACGUGACCCGACACCGGCACCAUCAACAACAACGGCCACCUCUGCAACGAAAACGUCGACGAGCGGGUGGGGCGCACCGACGUUGACGACCGACACGAACGCAACACUGGCGACCGGUGGUUGGGGCGCUACACCUCUCGCUUCCAGCGCGACCACGACACCUGCGGCAGUGGCUACCAGUUCGGCGUCGCGCUCAGGGUGGUCGCCGAGCCCGGUCAAAGACGCGACGAGCGGUGCGCCGCCAGCUUCGACGACUGACGUUGCUAGCACCAAGCCGACGCAAGCGUCCGGCUGGGAUCUGAGUCCGGACCGCCCGGUUGUAGCGCGAAGCGUGGGUGGCUGGGGCGCACCGAGUGCAGCGCCAAGCACACGCAACGUCGGUGGGUGGGGCGCCGACGUCAAGAAGGACGUGCCUAGUGACGCGGCUCGUGGCAGUGGGAACGGUCCGACGGCGCCGCGCUCGGACGCGACCGGUCGCCGUGACGACGGCGCGUCAACAUGGAACGUAUCGCGACGCUACGACGAUGGCCGCAAUGGUGGCCGUGGCGACGCAGGUCGCGGGCGCUACGGCAGCAGUCUGCCCAACGGUGGUCGUAGUCCGCCGCGCAACAACGACUACCGCAGCCACGACCGGCGUAGCCAGCCCCGCGACUCGCACAGCUCUGGACGGGGUGGCCGAGGUGGUCAUUAUGGCAGCCGCGGUAGCGACAACGGUCGUAGUCCUUCUCGCAAUAGUAGCCGCGACAACAGACGCAGUUCUUCUCGCCACGGUAGCCGCGACGGCGACAGCUAUGGCAACGCUGGUCGAGGCGGCGGUCGUGCACCGAGCUAUCCGCCCGAGCGUCGGGGUCGUAGCCGGUCCAAGAGCCGUCAUCGUGACGCGAGUGCGUUGGAUGCCAAGCGGUUCAAGCGGGAGUCGUCGUACCAGGCACCGCCGCUCCAUGACGACACGCCGUCGUUUGAAUUUGGCGGCGGCGAGUCGCCACGCCGCCCCGAGCCCCGGCUCGCCGAAAUCAACGGGCCGCCGUCGCCACCGUCGUCGUACCCGCGCACACCGAUCGUGGCCCGGCGUGCGUCGCCUGUCCCGAUCACGCCGGCGAGCGAGUGGUUUUUUGCCGUGACGUUGGGCAAGAAGAUGGUGCAGUGCCGAGCCAUGGCGACGGGGCUGCCCUUUACGCGCCAGCCGUUCCCGCAGGAAGUCAACGUGACACAGCUGCCCAAGCUCAAAGAAUUUGCUAAUUUCAUGCACUUGGACUCGAAGAUUGAGUGUCCGCACUGGAUCUACGAGAUGCUGCCGCUCUCGCCGACAGACGGCCUGCCGUACGAAGAGCUCAAGACGUACCUGCUGCAACGCCGCGCCGAGCCCGUCGCGGGGAUGUCGCUCGACAUUCCGCGCUACAAGGUCAUUUUGCUCCCACCGGGCGGCGAAGCCCGGCAACUCGGCUACAUUGGCCACAACAUGAUCGCUGUCAUCCGUCGAAACAAACACAAAAAAUAGUCGCGUACCCCUAAUCCUAUAUCCCGUCGAUGCGUUCAACCUAGACUGUCG